UAAAUACGGAAGUAAGUCAAGCAUAUGACGAUACGAAGUAAACUCAAACGUUAAAAAUCAAAAUUGUACUCCAGUAUUACAGAAGUGGUGUACAGAUGAAUUUUUUUAAAAUGAAAAGUUUAAGUGAAUUUAUGGUGUUCGCUUUGGUGAUCAUGAUCUAUGCUGUGGUAAAUCAUGCAGAGCAUCAAAAUAUGAAAGCCCUGAGAGUAUUUUGCGAUACCGAUAAACAGAUGAAAACAGUAGCGAGUUUUGAAGGUCAACUUGGUUUCGAUUUUCUGCUAAUGCCUCGAUCCAAAUUGAGGCCAGUUGAGGUACUGGUAUCCAUGAAUAAUGUGCAAUCAUUCAUAAAUACUUUACAAAAGCACGGGAUCAGGUAUGAAAUUCAUGCCGACGACGUGCACGAAAUGAUUCGAAAAGAGAUGAAUGCCCAGCAAGUAAUAACCAUGCGUUUCGGGGAUGAAAAAGAACUGCCUCUCACAUAUUACCCGAGAUAUAACGAGGUGAAAGAAUACCUGGAGAGUCUCGGUCAACUUUAUGAGGGCUACGUCACGACAUCCAGCAUAGGCAAGAGCUACGAGGGUCGCGAGCUGCUGAUUGUAAAAUUUUCAACAGGUGGCGGUCGUAAACCCGCCCUACUGAUCGACGCCGGUAUCCACGCGCGAGAAUGGAUUGCCCCGACCACGGCCUUGUUCGCUAUCAAACAGCUAGCCGAAAAUCCCAGCAGUAGAUAUAUCUUUCAGAACGUCGACUUAUACAUCAUACCGAUGAUCAAUCCGGACGGUUACGAGUACACCCAUCACAACGAAACGACGAGAUUGUGGAGAAAGACGAGGUCAAAGCUCCCCGGUUCUGAUUGUUUUGGAGUCGACGCUAAUCGUAAUUUUGAUUUUAAUUGGCUAGGUGCUGGUACUUCAUCAGUUCCAUGCAGUAAUACAUACGCCGGGCCAUAUGCAUUUUCAGAGCCAGAGACGAGAGCAUUAAGGGAUUUCGUUUUGGCACAUAAAAAUGAUAUAAAAGCUUAUCUAAGUCUUCACUCAUUUGGACAGUAUAUGUUACAUCCGUGGGGAUACACAUCCGAUUUGCCUGUGAACGAACCUACUCUGAAAUGUGUAGCGGAAAAAGCCGCCAAAGCUCUCCAGGAGGUCAACGGUACGCCAUACCAAAUUGGAAGCUCGACAAACUUGCUGUAUGCCGCAGCUGGAGGCAGCGAUGACUACGUCAUGGCUGUUGGAAAAGUUCCACUGAGCUAUACCAUUGAGUUACCGGGAGGAUAUUUUCAAUUCGCGCCACCGCCCAAAUACAUUAAUUUCAUAGGUGAAGAGACUUUUGAGGCAAUCAAAGUUUUCGCUAAUUACAUUGAUAAACAAAUUUGCUGAUGCAGAUGGGAAUGACGUUCGUACCUCGUUAUAGAACAUAAGAACUGUUAGGCAUAAACGUAAUGUUAGUGGUCUUUUUUCAUAAUAUUUUAAAUCCAGGCUUGAUAAUGUAAAUCAAGUGUACAGUUUAAUUAUAAUUGUGUAAUAAAAGAUGAAUUGCGAAAA